AUGCACAAUGCCGGAACGGUAGUACUGCGCUCAGCAAGCAGUUGUCUGCACUUCUCAUCAUACCAGCUACUCCCUCGACCAUUCCAAUCCGGGUCCUGCCCUUCACCCACCUCGAUCCUUAAGCGUCUCUGUACUAGCAAUCUGCCCUCAAAUACUGCUUUUGCUACCAUUCAUCAUGGUGUGCAGCGAAGGGCUUUCUCACAAUCCUUCCGGACUAGCUUCUGGACAUCUCCUGUCCUCCAACUUCUCAAACCCUAUGGCUCAGGUGACAAGCCCGAGCGAGGGCUAAAGUUCGACAGUGGUGAUCUGAGUUCAGCAAAACUCGAUCGCAUAUUUCGCCGUAAUGCUCCUCCGACGAGAGUUGGCAAUCGUCUAUUGCGGAUCUUGCACGGCCGGCGCACCGAUGGGACGUUGGACCUUCCACUGCCUCGAGACCUCGAAGAAGACCUGGAGGAUUAUCCAGAGGCUGUAGAUGCUGGACUACGGUAUCUCCGAAAAGCAGUCCCCAUGGAUGAGGAUGCAGCCAUCAUGGCGCGAAUUGAAAGAGAAGAAGCAGCCACAGAGAAAGACAAUCCUUCAGAAUUGAUGCAGAGAGGUCAAGAUCUGGGGUUAUAUCGCGGUCCUCAAAGUGGACACUUUCAUGCCGAGCUAAGUGAUCGAAAAGGCGACGUUUACGGUCGCAGUGAAUUGGAUCGCAUGCGAGCUGAGAACAUAGCACGUGCAGAGGAGGAAGAAAGGGAAAUGGAAGAGCAGAUCAACAAGCAAACCGUCAAAGCACAGGAGGAGCAGACCAAAGCCCUUGCACAGAGACCGGACCAAGGUCUGACCUCUGCGCAGGAAGUGAGGCCGCCAAAUGAGUUUGAGAAGUGGAGGCUCAAGGCCAGGAAUCGAGCAUCGACGAAAAUGACGGAAGAGUCGCCUGAAAUUACACAGAUGCCGUUCCUGAAGCGAGUAUUGCCUUCAUUCAUCCUGGCCUCCGUUCUAACGACUGGGUGCUAUUUCCUUUCACAAUACUGGGAGCGACCUCAGAACGUGGAAAGAUUUAUGCCCAAUGUCUCAUUGUCCUGGGCAACGAUCAGUACAAUCAUUGGACUCAAUGUCGCAGUGUUCUUUGCCUGGAGGUGGCCUGGCUGCUGGGUUGCUCUCAACAAAUAUUUCAUCAAUGUCCCCGCCUAUCCUUAUGCGUUGAGCUUACUGGGGAGCAUGUUUAGUCAUCAAACACUGGGUCAUCUGGUAAUGAACAUGAUCCCCUUGGCUAUGUUCGGACUCCCGUUGCACGAAGAAGUCGGCAGAGGGACUUUUCUGGCAAUUUACUUCGCAUCUGGUCUGGUUGGAGGCUUUGCUAGUCUCACACGAUAUGCCGUGCAGAGGGUAUUUGCAGUGACGACGCUUGGAGCCAGUGGAGGCGUGUUUGGCGUAGUCGCUGCGUAUCUUGUCCUCCAUGCAGAGGGCAAGUUUUCACUCAUACUCUUACCGAAGGAGUUGACCGAGAAACUCAAUCUCGAGGGGCUCACCCUUUUGGGAUUGCUAUUCUUGUCACAGUUGUAUGGAUUCUUCCGACCUGCGAGGACCAUCUCUUAUACCGACCAUCUUUUUGGCAUGAUGGUAGGAACCGGUAGUGCUCUAUGGUGGAAGAACAGCCAGCAACGCAGGAGGGACGCUCAGAGAAAGGGCUUCUGGAAUCGUGGACUGGGAAGGUAG